AUGAGUGCCACAAAGGCGCAGUCUCAAAAGAUUUUUGAGAAAGUCAAGCUUAAGGCCGCAAACAAGGUCUGCUUCGACUGCGGCAGUAAGAACCCGACAUGGUCCUCGGUGCCAUUUGGCAUUUACCUUUGCCUGGAUUGCUCUGCUCACCACCGCAACCUCGGUGUGCACAUCUCCUUCGUCCGAUCAACAAACCUCGACCAGUGGCAAUGGGAACAGCUGCGAGUGAUGAAGGUCGGCGGAAAUGAGUCCGCAACCAAAUACUUCCAAUCGCACGGAGGUUCCGCUGCGCUGGCUAGCAAGGAUACCAAGGUCAAGUACACAUGUAAUGCAGCCGUCAAGUAUAAGGAAGAGCUUAAGAAGCGCGCGGCGCUCGAUGCGCAACAGUAUCCCGAGGAAGUCAUCAUCACGGACCUCCCCGCCGGCACUCCCUCGGAUGGAUCGAAUACUCCCGCUGGCGAUGCGGACGACGACUUUUUUUCCUCGUGGGACAAGCCCUCAAUCAAGCGCCCGAGCAACCCUCCAUCGCGCACCAGUACUCCGCCCGUCGUCAGCCGUACCGGCUCUCCUUUCCUGAACGCCGGUGCCAACGCAAACGGAUCCCGCUCGAAAUCUCCUCUGUCCGCCUCCGAAGAGAAAAGCGCAUCUCCCGCUCCAAGCGCCAUUCGGUCUACUGUUACCCGCAAGACCUCUGCAGCCCCCGCUGCCAAGAAGGGCAGUUUGCUCGGUGCUAAGAAGGCCCCGAAGCUUGGAGCCAAGAAGGUUGCCGCUGCCGAUCUUAUUGACUUCGACGAGGCCGAGCGCAAGGCCAAGGAAGAGGCUGAUCGCAUUGAAAAGCUUGGCUACGACCCUGAGGCUGAACAAGCAGAGGCUGACGCCAAGAAAGCAACGACUGCUGCCGCUAUACCAAUUGCUGCUCCUACCCCAAUUAGCCCUGCUGGCAAGUCUCUUGAACGCAACUCGAGCGAUGUAGGGCAGCUAGGCAUGGGGAUGAGCAGACUUGGCUUUGGCCAGGUCUCAAAGCCUCCUGCCCCCAAGAAGCCAACCUUUGGCUCUGUUGGUCCUGCUAAGCCCAGCGUUGAGGAUCAAGCGGAACUCGACCAGAACAGGUCCCGAUUCGGUAACCAGAAGGGUAUCUCCUCCGAUGAAUUCUUUGGACGGGAUCGAUACGAUCCCGCCGCUCAAACGGAAGCUAAGGAACGUCUCCGCCAAUUCGAUGGUGCUACGGCUAUCUCCAGCAACAGCUACUUCGGCCGGUCCGAGGAUGAGGUCCCAGCACUUGACGAUGGAUACGGUGAUAUGGAGGUUGCUGCCAAAGAUUUCAUCCGCCGCUUUGGUAUCACCGCUGGAGACGAUAUCGAAAAUCUUUCGCAUCUCGUCGGUGAAGGUGCUACUAAACUGCAAGGCGCUAUCCGCAACUAUCUGAACAACUAG